CUUUCUACAGAAACAAUUUUAAGCAAAUCCAGAACCGCAAUUGGUCCCAAACCCUCAUCCAUAGCCAUCCAGCUGCUCACGCCAUGAAGCUCCUCACCCUGAAUUUCGUGUCCUGUGCACGGAAAGCCUGCAAAUCCAGCACUUCCUCUUUUCCACUCCAUCCCCGUGAUGCAGAGCUGGAACUGGUCGAAAUGGAAUUCAAUCCUCAAUUCCUCCAGAAUAUGCUCCCAAAGUUAGAAUGGGAAGCAUUGCAAAUUAUAUGCAAUGAGCUUGCGCUACCUACCCUCCCAUCCUCGACCCCAGCUGCGUCCGAUCUCUUCGAGUCUGGAGGCGAAGGUAGUUCACCGGCUCAACCGACUCAGGUUGCGAGGGACCUUCACAAACUCCUCCUCGAAACUACCAUCAGAGAAGGUCUUUUGGUCUGUUCCAACUGUGGUCACGAAUAUGCCAUCAAGGAAGGCAUAGCAAAUUUCUUGCUGCCUCCGCAUUUAGUUUGAAUCUUCACAUCCUAUUCCAAGCGCGGAAUGAUUUUUCAGCCCAUAUAUCUCAUGUGAGAUGUCUCCUGCGAUCGCGGCAUUACAUCUUCGACUGGAGCCUGCUAUUCUCCCCUAGAUAAACGCAGGACCCGCCCUGAGAGUGUCUCUUCAAGCCGCUUCAACAAGUAGGGUCAAUCACGGUUUCACGGUUCAGUGGGGAUAUGCCGUUAACCCCGCACAGUUUAUUGCAUCAAGCUUGCCAACUUGACUCCAUUCCUGUCCGCUUAGGCUUGGAAUGAUGAUUGAAUGGCAGUGAAGUGGAGUUCUGGUAUGCAACCACGAUGUUGACGGAGAGACCAGUCACAAAGGAGC